AUGAGGAUUAUGAAUGACGAACAAGCUGUGAAGCCACCAACACAGGAGGAGGUUUAUAAGGCGAUUAGUGAGCUGAAAAACGGCAAGGCCGCUGGGAAGAAUGGUAUUCCGGCCGAACUACUAAAAGCGGGAAGCGAGCGGCUGCUGGUUUUCGACAGGGGCGUUCCACGACGGAUCAAAUGUUCACCCUCCUCGAUCCUCGACAAGUUCCAGGAGUAUAACUUGCAGACUCACCAUCCGUUUGUGGAUUUUAAGGCGGCAUACGACUCAGUGAAAAGAAACGAGUUGUGGCAGAUUAUGCUGGAACACGGUUUUCCGACGAAACUAAUUAAGCUGAGUCGUUUGAUACUGGAAGGAUCGAAGUCAUGCGUGCGGAGAGCUGACGAGACAUCAGCUGCGUUCGCUAUGUUAGAUGGACUGAAACAGGGCGAUGAGCUCUCCAACUCACUGUUCAACAUAGCCCUUGAAGGAGCAGUACGGAGAGCAAACGUGCAAGGAAACGGUAGGGUCAUCACGAAAUCGCACAUGCUCCUUGGUUUUGCGGACGACAUUGAUAUCAUCGGUAUCGACCGUAGGGCCAUGGAGGAGGCCUUUUAA